AUGGUUACCUGUAAAUGCAGGCGUCCCACAAGGGUCCGUCCUACAUGGGUUGACGAAAUAUUCCGUCGGAUGGACCAGUUUGAAAACAAGCUUGAUAAACUAGAAAAAAAUUACUCGUUUGUAACUUCUUUAAAUGCAAAGGUUAUACGAUUGGAAAAGGGUACCAAAUCCAUAGACGACCGUUUAGACCAAGUCGAAAAGAGCACUCAGUUAAUGAGUAAUGAAUAUGACAACCACAAACAAAAUUUCACCGAUAUUAAAGCGGAAUUAAAUAAAAUUUCAGGCCAAUUGAAAACCAAUAACUCUAGUGUGAAUACUGUUGAUAAAAAACUAAGUGCAUCGCUUGACGAUAUGAAAAGGGAGAAUGAUAGAUUGCAAAAUGAAUUACUUGAAGUCCAGAUGAAAGCAAUGAGUAACAAUUUAAUAUUUUAUAAUAUACCUGAAAUUAAUGAUGAAAAUUGUCGUCAUACCAUUGACAUAUUCUGUGAGGAAAAACUGAAAAUUGAAAAUCCAUCUAAUAUUGUGGUUACUGAUGCUUAUCGCUUAGGUAAAAAGGGCAACAAAAUCCGGCCAAUCCUUGUUAAAUUUUCAUCUUUUGAGAAUAGGGACAACGUCAAAAAAAGAGCAAAAUACCUAAAAGGAUUACAGUUUGGAAUUUCGGAACAACUCCCUCUAGAGAUCCAAAAACGCAGGAAAGAGAAACUACCUAUCAUGAAACAGUUGCGUGACCAAGAUGUAAAAGCCUACUUUGUAAAGGACAAGAUUUUCGUUGGUGGAAAAGAAUAUACUCCAUAG